CCCCCCGGCCCGCAGGUGUCCCCCAGCGCCCCCUCCUCCGCGCCCCUCACCGCCAUGGCGUCGCCCCCGGCGCCCCCAGCCAAGAAGCGGAAGAUGAACUUCUCGGAGCGGGAGGUGGAGAUCAUCGUGGAGGAGCUGGAGCGAGGCAAGCACCUCCUCAUCAACCACUUCAACGCGGGCGUGCCCCUGGCCGCCAAGGCCGCCGCCUGGCACGACAUCCUGCGCCGCGUCAACGCCGUCGCCACCUGCCACCGCGAGCUGCCCGAGGUCAAGAAGAAAUGGUCCGACCUCAAGACCGAGGUGCGACGCAAAGUGGCCCAAGUGCGGGCCGCCAUGGAAGGGGGAGGCGAGAGCCAGAACGGCAACGGCAACGGGCCGGAGAGCGAAGACCCGACAGGCGCCGCCACCGCCCCGGUGAUCCUCACCCCCAUGCAGCAACGCAUCUGCAACCUGCUGGGAGAAGCCACCAUCAUCAGUUUGCCGAGCGGGGACUGCAGUGCCGGUGACGGGACCGAGAUACCCAUCACCGCGUCGGCCACCACGGUCACCCUGACCCAGAUUCCUGCGGAGACAACCUACCACAGUCUGGAGGACGGAGUUGUGGAGUACUGCACAACAGAAGCCCCCACCACAGUCACCGCCGAAGCACCCUUGGAGAUGAUGGCACACCAACACGAAGUGUCCACGAAACCCCAGGAGCUGAAAAGCCGAAUUGCUCUGAACUCAGCCAAGCUCUUGCAGGAGCAGCGAGUGACCAACUUGCACGUGAAGGAGAUUGCCCAGCACCUGGAGCAGCAGAAUGACUUGCUGCAGAUGAUUCGUCGCUCUCAGGAGGUGCAGGCAUGCGCCCAGGAGCGACAGGCACAAGCCAUGGAAGGAACACAGGCGGCGCUGAGUGCCCUCAUCCAGGUCCUCCGCCCCAUGAUUAAGGACUUCCGUCGAUUUUUGCAGAGCAAUACACCCAGUCCGUCGGUCACCGCUGACCCCAGCCAGACGGGGCAGCAAGAUGGCAUGAUCCAGUGAAAGAAACAGUGAUCGGACGUCAUUCUUGGAAAAAACCUGCCUGUGCUGCCGGAGGACACAGGGAGCGAGGGGUGCUAGCUCUUGUCGAUACGAAACGGCUCACCUCAGAGUCUUGCUGAGCCUGAACAGCUUUCUUUCUCUGCUAAUCUUAUGCUAAUCUGCCUUUUCAGACUCAUCAUACAGAGCCAUAGCAGGAUGUGUAAUAAACCAGGAACUUAACGUUGGUUGCUUUAGUUCCUCAGACAAUAGAUUUAUUAAA